CAUGAUAGAAAAGUUCACUCAAUUGUCGCACAGCCUGUGAGUGCAGACGUGGAGAAGCAGCUAUGGCAGCUAUGCUAAUAUGAUUUCGGCGGCAUAGUAUUUGUUUGCUUCAGUGUUUAGUUUUAUUGGGGAAAUUUUCGUUCGCAGACCAAAAGGCUGGGUAACAGUCAAGCAGUGGUGCUGUGACUUAACACUGAGUCUCUAUCGCUCUGGUUUCUAUGCUAGUAGUGGCUAGCCGAUACAAGCACACAGCUCAAACCGCUCCCAGGUGACUCCAACCGGCACACAACUUUGUACAAAGUAGUAUUACGACACAGUAAUGUUACGAAACUGAUAAUAGCAACGGCAGCACCCUACGCAUAUUUCUGCUUCUCCGGUAGGCCUUGUUUUUGUUAAGUCGUUAUUGUUUUGUUUGCCAUCAGCUGAACACAGGAUGUGACAUUAGUUAGCCCGUCGAUGCUUUCUCAUGGAUGGUUGGUACAGUUAGUGGUCAAGAGAAUUUACGACUGGGCAAAGACAGAUCAGAGGAGGUACACACUCGGUUUCUUUGCCAUGGGAAACUCCUGCAGUAAUCUUGGGAUCCCUCCAGGAAAGGGCCCCAAUGCUGUGGGCUGCACUGACUUUAUGAUGGACCACACUGCACAGGGCAGCUUUUUCAGGCUUUACUAUCCUUGUCAAGAGACUGAUAGAUCAGAGAAACCAGACUGGGUCCCAAGCAAGGAGUACUAUAACGGCCUGGCAGACUUCAUGAAAAUCAACAGGCGUCUCAGUGAAACCAUUUUCAGACACCUCUUUGGGUCCUUUAAGAUCCCAGCCUACGUGGACGCUCCAUUUAAAUGUAAUGGAAAAUGCCCAGUAAUUAUCUUCUCCCAUGGCCUCGGAGCCUUCAGGACUUUGUAUUCGGCUAUAUGUGCAGAACUGGCCUCUCAGGGCUUCAUCGUGGCGUCUGUGGAACACAGAGACCUAUCAGCCUCAGCUACAUAUUAUUUUCGUGAGAAGACAGAAUCGGAGAGGGCCAAUGAGAGUUUAGCAAAAACAUCAGCAUCAGCUGAAAACAACUUGGUAAAGGAAUGGAUGUACUACAGAACUCUGCGGCAUGGAGAGCGCGAAUUCCCCCUCAGAAACAAGCAGGUAAAACAAAGAGCAGACGAGUGCAUUCUGGCUCUAGAUAAACUCACUGAAAUUAACUCAGGAGUCGCCGUGCAAAAUGUUUUACAGACGCAGUUUGACUGGACAACGCUGGAGAACUCCAUGGAUCUGUGCAGGGCAGCAGUUGUGGGGCAUUCCUUCGGGGGAGCAACGGUUAUUGAAGCUCUGUGCAAAGAGGUUAAAUUCAAGUGUGGAAUAGCUCUCGACGCCUGGAUGUUUCCUUUAGAUGACGAGAUCUUUCCUCGGGUGAAGCAGCCGAUAUUCUUCAUCAACUCUGAGAAGUUCCAGUGGGGGGGCAACAUCAUUCGCAUGAAGAAACUGGACUCGGCCGUCAUACAGAGGAAAAUGAUCACCAUCAGAGGGACAGUCCACCAGAGCUUUCCAGACUUCACUUUCCUGACAGGCAAUUGGAUCGGGAAGCUGAUGAAGUUAAAGGGAGAGAUCGAUCCGGAAAUUGCCAUUGACCUCUCCAACAAAGCAACCUUGGCCUUUUUGCAACGACAUCUUGGUCUGGAGAAGAACUUCAACCAGUGGGACCCUCUGAUUAAUGGUGAAGAUGACAACCUCAUCCAGGGAACUAAUGUUACCGUGCUUCGGUCCGCCAUCUGAACUACUGCUGUGCCUCUUAUACAGCAAUGAUUCCAGAGUACAAGGCGCGAGCCGACCACCAUCAGGUUGUCCCAGAAUGUUCAGCGAUAAUCCCACUGAACCAGUCUACCUCAUCAGCAGGGAGGAUUUGUUUUUCUUACAGAUGAAACACUCUGUGUAGUGGUGUUUGUUUCACGAGGCCUGAAUGUUGCAACAUGCAGCUCAAGACUUCCUUUUACUGUUGGUGAAAUCUCUUAACAGCCUUUUCUUAAAGAAUCUAUGUAAUCAGUUUCAUCUGUGUAUCUAAAGCCAACAGAGGAAUGUUAUCUUAGACAAAUCCUGUGUAUCUUUUUGGAUAUGUGAUCCUCCGGCAGAGAUAAGCUCCUCUAUGAUUGCUGUGUGAUAAACCCUUGAAUGAGAAUCCUAACCAAUGGACAAGGUAAAGGUAUGAUUACAGACUGAUUUGAAUUCAGAUCCUAGCCAAGACUGCAAAUGAAAUACAUCCAGAGGACAUUUACUGCAUCAGAAAAACACUAAAAGGCUGCACUGAGCAGCUCCCAGUACGGUUCAUUCUCGAUGAAUGAUGCAACACUUUUUAUACAGUUCAGAUCUGCAUUUUUACACAAGAGAAAUCCAAUAAAUCUGGUUUGUAUACAAAAAUUUAAAAGCUUUGUCUUCUUCUGCAGGUUUGAAAAUGCACACACACAAUCUGAGCAAACACUGCUCCAAGAAAUAUGAAAGAAAACCAGCAUGUAUAUACACAGCUGCAAUAUUUAUUAUAACAUUUAAAAAAAGAUCUUCAAAACAUGCAUGUUUCCACCAAACAGCCACUCAAAUUAGUAUUGUUAGUCUAACACAAAAGAAA